CCACUGCACGCGCGUCGCUCGCAGGCAGCAGCGCGAGCUCUACCAGCGCCCGGAACCCCGCGACACAGCGAACACACCACAAGCCCGCGAGCGACACCGCACACGACACCGCACACGACACCAUGCCCGCACCUCCACCGCCCCCCCCUCCGCCCAUGCCGCCCAUGGGUCGAGGGGCUGGCGGGCCUCCGCCGCCGCCAAUGCCUGGAAGAGCGCCCGGAGGCAAGCCGCCCAGCGGCGCAGGAAGAGGCGCACUGCUGGGGGACAUCACCAAGGGCGCGAAGCUGAAGAAGGUCACGGUGAUAAACGAUCGGUCAGCGCCCAUAGUCGGAAAGGUGUCAGACGGACCGAGUGGACCACCCGUGGGAGGCGCCCCUCCCAUUCCUGGCAUGGGAAAGGCACCAGCACCGCCAUCGGGCCUUGCGCCGCCCGUCCCUGGGAACAGAGCGAGGAGCAACAGCGACACAGGCGGAGACGGAGCAGGAGGCGGCGGCGGAAUGGUCAGCGCGGCGCCGCAGUUGGGCGGUUUGUUUGCAGGCGGCAUGCCAAAGCUGAGGAAGUCGGGCGGCGUGGCCACGGGCAGGGAGCAGAGCUCGCCAUACCUGUCGGAUCCGGAGACAUCACGAAGCUCAGCACCCAGACCGCCGCGAGGAGCUGCGCCGAAGCCACCGGGUGCUGCACCGCCGAUUCCUGGAGGACGGCCACCGCCCGCGCCCGGCAUUGCGGCCCUCAGGAACAACUUGCGGCCUUCGUCCGUGGUGUCUACCCAUUCCAUGUCAGACAUCGGCUCCAAGCCUAAACCUCCUCUGCCAGGGAAGAAACCGCCCAUACCACCACCGUCUUCACGCAAACCAUCUGGACUCGCGCCUCCACCCCCCGCCACCCCUGCCCGAGCUCCGCCUGUGCCUGGAGCAGCACCCCCAGCACCUCCUCCACCACCACCAUCCUCAAGUCCUCUCGCACCACCGCCUCCUCCGCCUCCCUCAUCCACGCCUUCCGCGCCACCUCCUCCGCCGCCAACAGCUGCUCCGCGAGCGCCAAGUCGAUCUACACCCCCACCGCCUCCACCAGCACCACCCUCAAAAGCACCGCAGGACGAUGAUGACGAAUACGACCCCUACAAAUACACCAGCACUCCACCGAAACCACCCUCUGCGCCCGCCCCUCCAGCUCCAAAAGCACCCACAAACGGCACGCCCUCCCUCGCCGAACAAGCCGCCCGCAACGCCUUCGGCCGCUCCUCCCCCGCGGCACCACCGCCACCUCCCCCUUCUUCGGCUCCCGCGCCCCCACCGCCUCCCUCCUCAGCACCCGCCCCUCCACCCCCGCCCAUGUCACCGCCCUCACGAACCAACAGCCAAGCGCCGCAGCGCAGCAUGCUCGAUCCGAGCGCAUACACCCUCACUAACGGCGGCUCUCCGAGCAUCAAGAGCCCGACGAGCCCCGCGCCCGGGCAGAAGGGCAAGAUUGUGCCCGUGCACGAUCUCAGGUGGCGAUUUGUCGAUGAGUCGCAGUUCCCGCGGCCAAGGGAAUUCUUGGGGGGGCCGAAGAAGUAUAGGGCCGGGAGGGGGAGCAGUGUGCCGCUGGAUCUGAGCGCUUUUGAGUAGGGCUUGAAGAGGGCGAAGUCGAGUCGGGAUGGCGAUGCAAGGAGGAAGUGGGAUCUGGAUCUCGGAAGGAAACGAUCGACGAGGCUGAGUUUGGGACGGAGGAACACUUUUUCGGGAUUGAGAGAGAGCCUCGGGCAGGACUGAAAGAAGGGCUAAGAUUAGGUCGAGGGAGGUGAAGGUGAUGCUUCGCACUGGCGUUUUCAUGGGGUGGGAUGAGGAAAUAGAUAUUCUUUGUGUAUAGUUCUGGCAGCGAACGCUGGAGAUGCACCCACACAUACCAAAUUGCACUCUUUUGC